AUGCUGGAACUCAGGUUGGUGCAGGGGAGCUUGUUGAAGAAAGUGAUGGAAUCCAUAAAAGAUCUGGUGAACGACGCCAACUUUGACUGCUCGGCCACCGGAUUCUCAUUGCAGGCCAUGGAUUCAAGCCAUGUAGCGCUGGUCUCACUCCUCCUCAGAUCCGAGGGUUUUGAGCACUACCGAUGCGAUCGUAACCUCUCAAUGGGAAUGAAUCUCGGUAACAUGGCCAAGAUGCUCAAGUGCGCCGGCAAUGACGAUAUUGUCACCAUCAAGGCCGACGAUGGGGGCGACUGUGUCACUUUCAUGUUUGAAAGCCCCAAUCAAGAUAAGAUUGCUGAUUUUGAGAUGAAACUGAUGGACAUCGAUAGUGAGCAUCUUGGGAUACCAGAAACAGAAUAUGAAGCCAUUGUUCGAAUGCCAUCAUCUGAGUUUGCAAGAAUCUGCAAAGAUCUUAGCACCAUAGGAGACACUGUUCUGAUAUCUGUUACGAAGGAAGGUGUAAGGUUUUCAACCAAGGGUGACAUUGGGACUGCAAAUAUUGUGUGCAGACAAAACACAUCUGUUGACAAGCCAGAAGAAGCUACUAUAAUUGAAAUGGAGACACCGGUUUCAUUGACAUUUGCACUGAGGUAUAUGAAUUCUUUUACAAAGGCAACCCCACUGGCGACCCAAGUGACAGUAAGUUUGUCUUCUGAACUGCCUGUUGUGGUUGAAUACAAAAUCGGAGAAAUGGGUUAUCUGAGGUUCUAUUUAGCUCCAAAGAUAGAAGAAGAUGAGGAGAUGGGUCGUCAUCAGGCAGAACCAGUGGCAGUGGAAACCAAGAAAAAACCCGAGAAAACGCCAAAAACUGAACCCAAAACCAAUGGUGAACCAAAACGUCGUGUCAUGAAGAUAGACCUUGACGAGGAAGAAGAGGAAACAAAACCAAAGAUCGUAAGUGAAACCAAUGGGUAUGUUGAAGUUGUGGGUUCUAAGCCUGGCACCGGCAUUAUCAAGCCUAAGGAAGAAGUGAACGGUGAAGUGGAGGUCAUGGAUGUCAAGCCUAGCAUUGAAGCUGCUGCAGCAAAGGCCGAGAAAGAAACGAAUGGUGGUGAAGCUGACGUAAUGGAUGUCGAGUAGACUAACAAUGGCAUUUCGAGUCAUUAGAUAUAUAGGGUUAAGAGGUGGUUUUUUUGUUCAUAGUUUAAGGUAUCAGCUAUUGGGUUAAUUUUGAUAUGCCAGAUGAGAGCAUUUGUAAACCCUACUCUGAGUAGAAAAUUGAAUCAGGUUUUUGUGUUCUAA